GAUAUGAUGGUAAUCUUGACAAUAAAAUAAAGGGGUAAGGAUUCUGCUGCGGCAGAGAAGAGAAGGGAAAAAAAAAAUUCCCAACAAAUUCUGCGGCAAAAGAGAGGGGGGAGAGAGAGAGAGAACAAAGACGCAGUCGCGCACGAUCUCCAGACUAGAGAAGAACUGCCGGGCCACGAUCUCAACACAGAUCGAUGCACAAGACGACGUGGGAGAAAAUCGGUGUACAAAUGGAUGCAUCAGGACUCAUCCCUCUUCCAACUUACAGUUCAUACGAAAAUAAGAUACACAGAAAGAAAGAAGAGCAGAGCACAAUCAAACCCAGGAGGAGGAGAAAGAGAAAGAAACAAAUCGGGUGACGGUUUGCAGACUUGCUAAUUGCCAUUGGGUCAUUUCAGAUUUUGGGUUUUGUUUUGCUCAAGUAGAAGACGAAUCCACUAUUGCAGACUUGAUAAUUCCCAUUGGGUAAUUUUCAAAUUACGUUUUUCAGAUUCAAUUUGUUAUCUUCUCGGGUUUUCUAUAAUCCAAUCACGGGUUUGAUUUAUAAUAUCAAAGUAUGUUCUGCCAUCAAGGAUCAAACCCACCCAGGAGGAUAGGUUUGGUCCUGCCGAAUUGUCCUUAUUUGUGAUGUUAUGUUUUUUGAAAGUUUGUAGAUUCACUUGAGAUAUCAAAGAAGUUAUGGUUCCAGGGUAGUCGUCUAAAAUCCUAUCCAGGAAGAAAACAAGGAAAGGGCAGUGGCUAUCUAAAGUUGGGAUUCCAUGGUGUAUCUGCUAAGAGCUUCCAGCAAAAUUGGUUAGGUUCUUCAUUUUUUGUGUUAGAUAUGAAUUAGGACUGCAACUAAUAAUUGUGUUUGAAUAUAUUAUUCGUAGAUAUCGAUGUUGGUCUUCCUUUCAAUUUGUUUACUGUUUUGGUAGUGAUUCUGAUGUUCCUUUGGCUUUCCCAUUCAUAUUUUUACGUUUACACAUUCAUGUCAUAUUGAUGUUGCUGAUUUUUCCUCUUGGUUAGAGAUAGAUCUCACUAAAGUUCUUGAUUGGCCCUUUUUUCAUUUUGAUUUGUUUCUACCUCCUCAUGGUCUGGUAACAAUUCUCUCCCUGGAUUUAUGUUUUACAGAUUAUUAGAUUGAGAUACUUAGACAUAAGGUCUACAGAGAGACUAUGAGGUUAAGGAAAAUAAUCUCAGUGGUCAAGGAAAACAAUCACAUUAUUUGGGUUCGCAUUAUCAAGAUGUGAUGUUAUGUUUUUUGAAAGUUUAGAGGAACCUCACAGAUCAGCAUUAGCAAGUUUUUUGUACUUGGUUGAUGCAACGUGUGAGAUCUUGCUUAUGCUUCUCUCCAGUUGAUGGUGUCUCAUAAAACGAAAGUUAAUGACAAGUAAACACCAAAAGACUGGGCAACUCGACAGUUAAAUCAGGUCAUGUUGGGUUCACAUACCACUAUGUCUAACUCAGGUUCACAUACUAGACCGAGUCAGGUUCACAGAGACGAAUCAGGGGCAACCCAGACUGUGGAUGCUUCAAGAACAGGCACGACACAAAUGGAUCAUAGAGAGCGUGCGCGUGCUAGCCAUCAGGAAUGGAGACAAUCGAUGAGUUCUACACAACAUGAAGCCUAUUUGGCACGGCGGCGAGCUCAUGCUAGGGGAAAGCGACUAGCCGUGGAAAAUGUAAGUGACCAUGGACAAGAGGCGGGCCCAAGUAAUAGGAAUAGGCUAGCUCCAGUACACUCCGACAACGAGAGCAUAAGUUCAAGAGUUUCAUCCUAUUCCCAAAACCAUGACCAAGAUGCUGCAAGGGUGCGCUUGACCCACAUAAGACAAUUAGCCCGUUCGACUACGUCUCGACCGAGCAAUGUGGUUAUUCAGAAUUCUGUGCCUUACGAGAUGCCUAAUGUCACAAUGAAUAAUCACGAUGAGGACCGCAAUAACAACGAGCAUAUGGUGAAUAAUCAUGAGGAUCAGAACAACAACACUGAGCUAGAGAAUAACCCACAGGAUCAGCGCAGCAGCAGUGUUGACCCAGUGCGGCGUACAAGGAGAGCAGUAGUAAAUUCAAACUGCGCUAGAGAUUUUAAUGAGGGAUGGGGUGUCCCAUUUUGUCGAUUGCCUGCACUAAGAACAUGUCCAUACUGCAAUGCACGGUUAUUUCAUCGAGAGACCUUCAAUUUGUGUUGUUCGAAAGGAAAUAUUGUUCUGCCUCUAAUACCCUCUCCGCCAGAGAUGAUCCAGCUCUUUUCUGACCAAACAGAUGUGGGUAGAAAAUUCAGACAAAAUAUCCGAGCCUAUAAUAAUGUGUUUGCGUUCACUUCAAUGGGUGUGCAUGUUGAUGAAUCCAUUAAUCUUCGAGGUCGUGGAAUUUAUACUUUUCGUGCACAAGGUUCUAUAUAUCAUAAGAUUGGUGGGCUUUUACCAAGUGAAGGGGCGAGACCACGAUAUCUACAAGCUUACAUAUAUGACACCGAGCAUGAACUUGACAAUCGAUUGUCUGAAAGUGUAGUUUUAGACAGGGCACUGGUUAAAAAGAUACAACAGAUAUUGAAUCACUAUAAUCCAUUUGUCCAUCAAUUUCGAAGCCUCGGACAGCGCCAAGACUUGCCCAAUUGCAGGCUCAUCAUAAGAGAGCAGCCUUCUAAUCAACGUCAGUAUUGUUUACCAUCUGCAUCACAAGUUGCUGCUAUUAUAGUAGGAGGGGGCGACAUCAAUCCGAAUGGAAGAGAUUUAAUUGUCCAAACAAUUAGUGGAAGACUCUGGAAUGUUAAAGACUCGGUCGGAUAUUACGACCCCAUGCAGUAUCCUUUGUUAUUACCUUAUGGAACAUAUGGGUGGGAUAUUAAUAGUCAUGAUGAGAAUGGAAGACCUAUGUCAUGUUGCGACUAUUAUGCAUAUAUGUUACAGAUGCGCCUAGGUGAUGAAAAUCCUCUACUUCGAGGCGGACGGCUCUUACAACAGUAUGUUGUAGAUAAUUACGUGAAAAUUGAAUCCCAAAAACUCAGAUGGCUUCGCAGUAACCAAGAUACAAUUAGGAAAGAAUUUUAUCAAGGACUUCAAGACUCUUUUAUUGCAAGGGAAAACAAUGCAGGUAACGUCGGUCAUAGGACAAUUCUGCCAUCAUCAUUUGUUGGAAGUCCACGUGAUAUGUACCAACGGUACCAAGAUGCGAUGGCUUUGGUUCAAAAGUAUGGCAGACCAGAUUUGUUUAUCACUAUGACGUGUAACCCGAAUUGGGAAGAAAUUAAAAGUGAGCUACUCCCUGGACAAACAUCACAAGAUCGUCCAGAUUUAGAGGUCAGGGUAUUUCGUUCAAAACUUGAGCAGCUAAAAGAAGACAUCAUCACCAAAGGGGUAUUGGGAAGAGUUAUUGCUCAUGCUUUUGUCGUUGAAUUUCAGAAACGGGGCCUACCACAUGUACACAUGCUGGUCAUGUUGGAUGAAAAUGAUAAGCUUAAUAACCCUGAAGAUUAUGACCGCAUUGUUAGAGCAGAAAUACCAGAUAAAGAUGAAGAGCCUCAACUUUAUGAUCUGGUGUUGAAACAUAUGAUUCACGGUCCAUGUGGAACCUUAAACCAACAGUCUUCAUGUAUGAAGAAUGGGAGAUGCAAUAAAAGUUAUCCAAAAUCAUUUGUAAAUUUCACUGUGCAAGGAAACGAUGCAUAUCCUAUAUAUCGAAGACGAGCAAGUCGCUUACCAGUCCCUCUACGUAGAUCUGGAGACACAAUGGUGGAUAAUAGUUGGGUUGUUCCUUAUAACCCGUGGUUGUUGCUACGGUAUGAUUGUCACAUCAAUGUUGAAAUAUGUGGGAGCAUAAAGAGUGUCAAAUACUUAUAUAAGUAUGUCUACAAAGGUCCUGAUAGAGUUGCAGUUCAAGUGCAAUCUGACCCAGAGUUUGAUGAAAUAAGACAAUUUGUCGAUGCAAGGUGGGUUUGUGCACCAGAGGCUUUAUGGAGGAUAUUUAAAUUUGUAAUGAACAGAAUAUAUCCAACAGUCGACAGAUUACAAAUACAUCUUCCAAACAUGCAACAAAUCAGAUUCGAUGCAAAUGAGACUGUAGAAGACAUUCUAGCAGAUGAGCAUGCACAGAAGUCUAUGCUUACUGAAUAUUUCACCAUGAACCGUAUGGAUCCGGAAGCAAGACGAUAUCUGUAUCGAGAAUUCCCUCAAUACUAUAGGUGGGAUAGUAAGCAAAAAGCUUGGGUGAAAAGAAGGAACAACUACAAGGUAAUUGGAAGAAUAUACAGUGUUUCACCCUCUGAAGGUGAGAAAUUUUACCUACGUGUCCUUCUCAAUCAUAUAAGAGGACCGAGAUCAUUUCGUGAUUUGCUUACUAUUAAUGGAGUUCUGCAAACUACUUUUAAGGAAGCGGCAGAGAAACGAGGUUUGCUGGAAGAUGACAAUAGCAUCCGACAAUGUCUGUUAGAGGCCUCUGCAAUUAGAAUGCCAUCAGCUUUGAGAAGAUUAUUCGUCACAAUUUUGGUGUAUAGUCAACCAACUGGUGUUCGAAGAUUGUGGGAUGAAUUUUAUCCUUUUAUGAUUGAAGAUUAUUCUUCUUCAAGUGAUAUUGUCGAUAUUUCUGUCAGAAACAGGCUACUUCGAGAUCUAAAUAGAAUGCUAGAACAAUUUAAUAAGGGCACUGGAGAAUUUGAUCUGCCUGAAAUGACAAGUGAGCCAGAAGAGAGUCUAGGAAUACCGAGAUGUAUUGAAGACGAAAUUUCUAUAAAUAUCCCGCAAGAAGAUAUUGAUGCAAUUGACCACCUUAACAACGACCAAAUGAUUGCAUUCAACACCAUAAUGGCCGCAGUUGAGGGAAGAGAAAGUGCAUUAUUUUUUAUCGAUGGUCCUGGAGGUACUGGGAAGACGUACUUAUAUCGUGCAUUGCUAGCAAAGUUGAGAAGAAUGAAUCAUAUAGUCUUAGCCACAGCAUCAUCUGGAAUUGCUGCAAAUUUAUUGUCCGGCGGGAGGACAGCUCACUCUAGAUUCAAGAUUCCACUCAAUGUAGAUGCAUCAUCCGUGUGUUCCAUAAGUAAACAGUCUGCUCUAGCACGACUGAUACAAGAUUCCACUGCAAUUAUUUGGGAUGAGGCACCUAUGACACAUCGACAUGUGUUUGAAGCACUUGAUAGAACAUUUCGAGACAUAAUGGAUGUCGAAUUACCGUUUGGUGGAAAGAUAAUGAUUUUUGGGGGAGAUUUUCGUCAAGUUCUCCCUGUUAUUCCUAAAGGAACGAAGUCUGAACUCAUUCAAGCCUCCAUUGUGAAAGCAACAUUUUGGGCACAAACAAAGAUAUUGAGAUUGAGACAGAAUAUGAGAUCCAUAAAUGACCACCAAUUUGCAGAAUUUCUACUUCGUGUUGGCGAUGGAAGUGAACAAGUCAUUGACGACGAAAUGAUGAGAUUACCAGAACGCAUGGUGGUUCCAUGGGAAAGUGACCAAUCUAUCAAUCAAAUUAUUGAUGAAGUUUUCCCCAAUUUGGGUGAUCAUGUAAAUGAUGCAAGAUACAUGGUGGACAGAGCAUUGAUUACUCCUAUAAACGAUGAUGUGGACGUGUUGAAUGAAAAGAUAAUCAAUAUGUUUCCGGGUGAAGAAAUUACAUUGUACUCAUUUGACUCUGUUGAAGAUGACAUGAGAAAUUUGUACCAACCAGAGUUUCUGAACUCAAUAACUGCAGGUGGGCUGCCACCCCACAAGUUAACUUUGAAAGUAGGUGCUCCAAUCAUGCUUUUAAGGAAUAUUGACCCUAAAUUGGGAUUGUGUAACGGUACUAGAUUGUUGUGUCGUGGUUCGUACCAAAAUCUGAUUGAUGCUGAGAUACUAACAGGACAGUUUGCUGGGACUAGAGUUUUUCUACCUAGAAUUCCUUUGAAAAGUGCAGAAAAUGCUGGGCUACCAUUUCAACUAACAAGAAAGCAAUUUCCAGUCAAACUGAGCUUCUCUUUGACCAUAAACAAAUCUCAAGGUCAGACUAUCCCACAUGUAGGUGUUUACCUCCCAGAUCAUGUUUUUAGUCAUGGACAAUUAUAUGUUGCAUUGUCGAGAGGAGUAUCAGAGUCAACCACAAAAGUUUUGGUUAAAAAAGGAUCCAUAGUUGGUGAAGAUGGCGUAUUUACGAAGAAUGUAGUAUUUAAAGAAGUUUUGCUUCAUUCAAACACAAAUGAUCGAUCGUCUUCAUAGGAAUGGUUGAGACAGAAGCUUUAGGAGAUGUGUUUCCAUAUUUUCAUGUGGUUGGUGCACGAAAACAAUCAAUAAAAAUGAACACUUCUUAUCUCAGUAAACUUAUUUUCAAAGAGUGGAACAAAAAGAAGCAUACAGAGUAUGUUCUCUUAAGCUUUGUUUCUUUUCCAUUAAAUAUAUUUUUAUUUUUGUGGUAGUUAAUCAAUUCCAAUACUCUUAAUCUA